ACAUAUUUUCGCUUCAGCCGGCUAUGUUCGUUGUCCUCUCUCUAUGUCUUCAUGAUUACCACAACAUUUUGGAUAUGAUAAGCUAUAGAUAAGUAGAUAAUAUUCCAUCAGAAUACCAUAUAUCCAUAUGACCACCCACUAUAAUCACUAUUCAUCACUGUAUUAUAUUUAUAUAUAGUGACCAGUGCAAGAAUAGUGUUGUAUUAAUAAACUAAUGAAUCAUUGAUGAAAAAUAAUUGUUGACCUAGAUAUUUAUGAAUGUAUUUUCAUAAUAGAUUAUUGAAUUUAACUAAAAUCGCACGGUUUAGUAAUAAAAUCAACAUUAUUGUAAGAACCAUGAGUCAAGACGAGUCUGUUGAUUACAAGGCCGAUUUAAAAAAACGUUUGUCACCUAUUCAGUAUCAUGUUACGCAAGAAAAAGGAACAGAAAGAGCUUUUACUGGAAAAUAUAACAAAACUACUGAAGCUGGUUUGUACACUUGUGUAGUUUGCAAUGAAGCAUUAUUUACUUCAGAAACAAAAUUUGAUUCCGGUUGUGGUUGGCCUGCGUUCAAUGAUGUUAUUGAUCAAAAAAAAGUGAAAUUAACUUCUGAUACUUCAAAUGUUGGAGCAAAUUUGCUGUUAUUGAUUACCAACCCAGGUAUGAUAAGAACUGAAGUGCAGUGUGGAAAAUGUGAUGCACAUUUAGGACAUGUUUUUAAAGACGGGCCACCACCAACAGGACGAAGAUUUUGUAUUAACAGUGCUUCAAUGAAUUUUCAUCCACUAAAGCUUGACAAAUAAUAGUAAAUGAAAUGAAUUGAACUUAUUAUAUUAGUUUAUAUUUUAGUUUUUCAACUUAUAUACUAAUACACUACAUUCAUUUUUCUUAACAAGA